AUGUCUUCCCGUCCUCAAAAUGUGGGCAUCAAGGCCCUGGAAAUUUACUUUCCUGCGCAGUUCGUUAACCAGACAGAACUUGAGAAGUUUAUGAAUGUUGGUGCGGGGAAGUUUACCGUUGGACUCGGCCAAACGAACAUGAGCUUUUGUGACGAUCGCGAAGACAUUUACUCCCUGGCUCUUACAACUGUCUCAUCGUUGCUCCGAAAAUACAGCAUCCAUCCCAAGUCAAUUGGCCGGCUGGAGGUCGGCACCGAGUCCAUGCUUGACAAGUCUAAGUCCUGCAAAACGGUUCUCAUGCAGCUUUUUGAGAAACAUGGGAAUUUUGAAAUCGACGGGGUUGAUACCUACAACGCAUGCUACGGAGGCACCAAUGCCCUUUUCAACGCCGUUAAUUGGAUCGAAUCAAGUGCGUGGGACGGCCGCGAUGCCAUUGUCAUUGCUGGAGACAUCGCAACCUAUGGCAACGCUGCAGCCCGCCCAACCGGCGGCGCAGGCUGUGUCGCCAUGCUCGUUGGUCCCAAUGCGCCGUUGGCAAUUGAGCCCGGGGUUCGUGGCCUGUUCAUGAAGCACACAUACGACUUCUACAAGGCUCAGAUGACCUCGGAGUAUCCUCUGGUUGACGGACAGUUUUCCAUCCAGUGCUACACGGAAGCCGUCGAUGCCUGCUACAACAACUACCAGGCCAGACGUGCUAGGCUGGCAGGAGGAAUCAACGGGAUGCACAGCCGCCUCUUCAUCGACAGUUUCGACUACCUCGUGUUCCAUGCGCCAACUUGCAAGCUGGUAGCCAAAUCGUAUGCCCGUAUGCUGUACAACGACUUCCUGGCCAACCCAAAUCACCCCGAAUUCGAAAGUGUGCCAGCGCAUCUCCGGAAGAUGGACUACCAAAGGUUUGCCGAGAGAGUUGAACCCGGCCUCCUCGCGGCGACUCAGUGCGGAAACAUGUACACAGCCAGUGUGUAUGCAUCGCUUGUCAGUCUCGUCAGUAAUGUCGGCAGUGAGCAGCUGCAAGGCAGGAGGAUUGCUGUUUUCAGCUACGGCAGUGGACUUGCCAGCGCCCUCUUCAGCCUCCGCGUUCAGGGUGAUAUCAACGAGAUGGCGACCAAGCUGGAACUGAAACACCGCCUGGAGACGCGUGUGGCAAAGUCUCCUGAGGAAUACGACGAGGCGUACAAACUCAGGGAGCGGGCGUACCAGCGCAACAACUACACUGCCACUGGUGACAUCAGCCUCCUAGCCAAGGGGACCUAUCACUUGGUGCACGUUGACGACAUGUUCCGCCGCACGUAUGAAAUAAAGGCAUAG